AUGUCCUCAUCAACCCUCCGACCUACGACCAACAUUCUCAGUCGAUCUUCCCUUCCUCGGCAAGUCGGUGCUCGCAGCGUGAGGUUAUACGCUACAAAACCAUCAUCGUCACCUUCCAACCCAACAUUACAUGUCCCAUCAGAUUCACGAUCCGAUACACUUCGAAGCGCUUUAUAUCCAGCGGAUAGUUAUGCGCCUACAUCAUCUUCACCUACAGGCAAUUACCAUCCUGAUCAUCUAUCUAGAUUACAGUCUGUCAUACCCAAUGUAGAAGUCUACGAGACAAUUGAAAGGGCAUGGCAAUUACAUCAAAGAUCCCAACGUCAAUCAAGGACAGAACAAUUGAAUUCUAAAUACAAAUCAAUGGUCCAAGCAUGUAAUGAAUUAGAAUCAAUAACGAACCCUUCAAACGGCGGAAUAGAAUCUCGAGUCGGAGAAGAGGGUAAAUCAAAAGGUGGAAUCUAUCAUAGGAGAAUAUACGAAUGGGCAACCGCAGAAUUCAAACAAUCUGAAAAAAGAGGUGAACAACCCAAAGGCAAAAAGACAAUUGAACAAAGAUGGAAAGAAACUAGAAUAGAAGGUUUAAUACCUAGAGAACAAUGGGUUCCAGUCGAAUCAAAAGGUAAACCUUGGGAAUACGAUUGGACAAGACCUGGUCAAUAG